UCUUUUUACUCCGGUAUUUUUCCUAGCACAACACAAUACUGCUGAACAAUUAUUAGUAAUUUAAUAAUAAACGUCUGGUAUAUCCUGCAAAGGCCGGCCUGACCAAAAUCAUCUUCGAAAUGAAACACUAACUGUAUAUUAACGGUACUACAUGUGGCUCGAUAGCAUUCGCUGGUACGUUCGUCUUCUGUUCCGUUAAUUCCUGAUAUUUUUUUGUGUUUUCUAUACACCAUUGAGUAUAGGAAAAAACUUCGAUGAUAACCAACCGAUAGUAAAUAUCUGACAGUGCAAGAGUCUACCCAAAUUAGAAAUCAACAAGAAAAAUAAAUUCAACAAGAUAACCCUCGAAACCCCAAUAAUGAUAAGAAAACCUCAGUUGUCCACUGGCAGAAGAAAGAAAGAUAUGGUUUAGCAGACUGUGUAUACCGUUCAAUGGAUGUUUUUUUUGGAUUUCUAAGUAAUUUAUAGUUGAUAGAAGCAGGAAAAAUGGGAAAUAGUGGCAUUAUAAACUUAUACUCGGUAUUAUACAUGACAUUUUUCACGUUGUGUUCUGGAUUUGUUUUAAUAUCGUCAGCAUCAGCUCCUGUAAAUCGUUUGGAACUAUUCAGUUUAGGAGAGAGUUUAGUUUACCAGUGGAAAUCGACGGUUUUGUUGAAUGAAAUCGAUCAAUCCAGCAAAAACGUAGGAUUUGCUGUGGCUGGAAAAGUAACUGUUGAUUCAGUAUGGGCUAAAGGUGAUUUAAAGUUAUUGAAAGUUGAGUGGGAUAAUCCUAAAUUACAUGUUACAUCUAAAGAAACUCCGGAAACUGACAAGUUUGUUUCUCGCAGUUCAAAUUUGGAUAAAUUAUCAAAUAAGCCGUUCCUAGUACUAUGGAAUAAUGGUCAAAUAAAUAAAGUGUAUUUUCCUAAAGACGAGCCAUUGUCAUUAAAAAAUUUAAAGAAAGGAAUUGCUGGACAGUUUCAGCUAUCGCCUUCCAGUGAAGAAAGUACACAAGUUGAUCCCUCUGGUCACUGCUCUGUUACCUAUUCAUCCAAUACCCCAAAUAAAAUAUUAAAAACCAUACAAAAUUGCUCUUUACCAAACCAUAAUAAUCAAAGACAUACCAAUUUUCUUCUGGGUACUACAACUAAAUCCAUUCGUACCACAGACUACACAGUUGAUGAUCCUGGGAAAAAAUUAAAUAGUAUAAUAGUGAAAGAAUUCCACACGGUUGUUAUAAAUGCAAAAGAAGACUUUGGUAGCACGGUUAAUUCAGAAAUUGUCUGUACUUUAGAAGAAACUAAACAAGUUAAAACUUUGAGUUCGAAGAAUGUAGAAGAAGCAGUCAAUGAACUUUCUGUCAGUGACAAUAUUCUUUUUCUUGAGGAUGAUUUAUAUAUAAAAGAUGAUGAUUCAGUACAAGAAACCGUGAAAAAAUUUCAUAAAGAAGUUGAUAUACAGAGAGAAAACCUGAGUAACAAGCAUCUGGGUACUGCCAAAUCCUCCAAAGCUUUUUUACAACUGUUGCAGGUCGCUAAAGUUAGUACUUUGGAGGAUAUAGGUAAAACAUUGAAUUCAAAGAAAAACAAAAACAUAUUAUCACAACUUUAUGAUGUAUUAGGAUAUACUCAAACAGAGAAUUCUCAUAAGGCUGUUCUGAAGAAACUGCAUCUGGAUAAUGAAGAACAUGGAGAUUUUAUUGAACGCUACUUAUGGGCACUGUCAUUUUCCAAUAACCCCAAUGUUGAUAUUGUAAAGGACCUGUUAAAUAAAUAUAAUAAAUACACGAAUAUUCCUGAUAAAAUCAAAAAUACAUUAAUACUGUCUUUAGCUUCAAUGGCCAGAACGUUGGCAUCUUCGAAAUUGAAUGAUUAUGAAACAUUAAAGGUCUUAAAAUCUGUAGAAGAGACAAUUGUAAAUGGCCUAGAAUACGCAAAAGAUGAAGACCGUUUUGUAUUCCUCAACGCUUUGAAAAAUUUACAGUCUCCAUCAACCAUUCCUACUUUAACUAAGUACUUGAAGAAGGGCACGUUAAAAGAAGAAACUCUGGCAUGGAGGGCCAUUAAGUCAUUUCCACGUGAAUUCUGGCCAGAAGAUUUAUUAAAGCAAGCCAAACAAACGCUGUUUCAACUAGAUAAAAGACACGAUACAAGCUCUAGAACUUUAGCAGCCGAUGUCAUUCUAGAAACAGAUCAGAACGAAGCUACAUUGGAGGAAUUGCUCCAUUUUGUUGCUGGCAAUGAAACAAAUUAUGAGAUCAAGCAAUACGUUUUUCAAAGUAUUAAUAUGCUUUCCGAAAAAGACGUUUGGUUUAAUAAUAAAGUACAAAAUAUUAUUAGAAGAAAGAAGGUGUUAAAUAAUUAUUCCAGCUUGUCGCCUAGAGGAUUGUCUACAGCUCUGGCUAGAGAUAUGUUUAAAGGAGUUUCGGCAAAUGGCAGCUUAGUUUCAGUUCAAGAAAUAAAAAGUGGAAUCGUAAAGAGAGGUGUGGUGAAUGUGAUACUUGAGAAAGAUAACGUUCCAAAAGAGUUAUUUACGUUAGGGAUAUUUUCUGGAGGCUUAAACAGCUUUAUGUCAAGCGAAGAUGGUGACGAACAAGAUCCUAAUGAAUCAGCCACAGCUGGCAUGGAACUAACUGUGCUAGGAACCCAAAUAAGACCAUUUGUGUUUUUUGAUGGUCAAGGAGAGCUGAUGGGUCAUGUAUGGUCAGGUACUGCAUCCGACAUGACACCUGCUUUCCAAGCUCUAAUACUUUGGCAAGAUCACGAAGAUCGAAUCACACUUUCGAAUGGUUUUGUAGCUGUAGCUAACUUCAAAGGAGCUGUAUCUUUUGAUUUAUCGGGGAAAAUUUCGAUUUCCCUAUGGAAUAGAAAUGCACAAUCGAUUAUAGAAAAAUCGAUUGGCUUGGUAAAUAGAGGAGAGAUAGGAAUAUCAACUUCAUUUGUGAAAAGCAAGGUAGAAUUUGAAGCAUCAGUAGAACCAAAGCUGAGUUUAGAAAUAGACGCUGAUUUUUCUUCCAACGUUAAAUUAUGUAUGAGGCUUUCCCAGCCACAUUCAUUAUUAAGCUACUUCACUUCGAAAUUGGAAAGCAUUCCCAAUACUAAACACCAAAUAAAAUUCAGUCGGACGAGAAAACGGGAAAUUCCUGGAGUGACGUAUGCACUGAAUAGGAAAAACAGCGAGAUGUGCAAUGCAAUCUUUUAGUUAACCAACAUAUUGAACUCUGAACCAUUUUUGGGUUCAAUCGAAAUUUUAACGAGUGCUGUGUUUUAAUUAAGAGACUCAAAAAAUUGUACCAUUCCAAAUAUUAAUUAUAUGUUGUUAUAAGACGAUAAAUGUUAAAGUAUUUAUAAUUUU